GCAUGGUGCCUCAGCAAUACGACAUGUUGGCAGUCAACUUUCAGACAAAGGCUCAUCAGAUGUCCUGAACACCACUCUGGGAGUAUGUACACAUCUCUUCUCUCCGGUCUCGAUCCUCACCUAGAUAUAACACUGACACUGAACGACUGCCAGUUCCAAAAGAUCUUCGUCAUCAACCUCCCCGAGCGAACCGACCGUCGCGAUGCCAUGACCCUCGCCGCUGCCCUUACCAACCUCCAAAUCACAUGGGCCAAAGGCGUCCCCGGGACUGACGUUCCAGACAAAGUCAUACCAGGUGAAGACUGGGAAAAGUCCAUCUUGCGCGGCAACAAGGGCUCAUGGCGCGCGCACAUGAACGUUCUCAACACCAUCAUUGACCACAACCUCACCAGCGCCCUGAUACUCGAAGACGAUGCUGACUGGGAUAUUCGUCUCAAGUCCCAACUGCAAGUCUUUGCUCGAGCAGCUCAGCCCUUUACCGUGAACACACACCAAGCCGCCACAGUGACAGACCCAGACAAGAUCAUCAACGUCCCCAUCACCUCCAUCCCUUCCCUUCCCAACCAAGCCUCCUCAUCACCCUACGGCAACAACUGGGACGCCCUCUGGCUAGGCCACUGCGGCACCAACUUGCCCACCUCCACCACUCUCACCACCGCUCCAACCAACACCUCCCUGCUUCGCGUAACUAUUUUCAACGACCUCACCGUUCCCAACCCGCAAUACCUUAAAGCGCACCCUUUUGCCCUCCAAGACCAACUCGCCGAGCUCUACCCGCCUCACACGCGCGUCGUGCACCCUUCCAGCGGGACAAUCUGAGAGCUGGCAGCAGAUACUCCGGGAUCAGAAAAGCGCAUCUAAAAGUCAUUCAU